UAUUGUUGUCAAGUUGUCACAACUCAGCAAAAUUCAAUUUUUCGUCACUUGAAUAUCCUAACUAAACAAUUGACUUGACCAAGUAUUUUAUGGAAAAUGCCGCGCAACAUACGUCAGAAGAAACGUGCCGAGCGUCGAAAUGGAGUUCAGGCGACGGCAGCAGCAGCAGUAGCGAAUGCCAGCAGCAGCGCUGGCGACAAGAACGCUGCGGUGGUGGCGCUUAAGGAUGAUCAGCUGCUCGACGAGAAUGCCAUGGGCGAUGGCGCCAACUUAAAGCUGGCCGCCACUCUAAGCGACAACAACAACAAUAACAACAACAGCAGCAGCAGCAACACCAAUGUGCUGGCUGUGAAGAAGGCUGCGAAGGCAUCGCGUGCGGAUCCAGUGCUCGCCUCGUUGGCCAAGGGAGCGCUGCGCAUGAGCGAUGUGCAGCUGCUGCAUGGACCACAUUGGCUUAACGAUGCCAUACUUAACUUCUACUUUGCCUAUCUCGAGGAGGUCAAGUACAAGUCGAACCUGGACUUUCUGUUUGUGACGCCAGAGCUGUCGCAGUGCAUGGUGUACAUGGACGACAAGGAGCUGCACUCGCUGCUCGUCGAUGAUCAGAAGGCGCUGCGCAAGCCUUUUGUGUUCAUUGCGUUGAACGAUAAUCGUCCGCGCCACGAUGAUGUGCGCGCUGGCGUCUACUGGUCACUGCUCGUGGCCUCGCGUCCGGACAAGAGCUUCUUCCACUUCGACUCGUAUGGCGGCAACAAUACGGGCAGCUCGCUGGAGCUGGUGAACAACAUCAAAGAUGUGCUGCAGAUGACGCAUGCGCGCUUUCGCAACAUGCGCUGCCUGCAGCAGAACAAUGACUACGAUUGCGGCAUUCACGUCAUCUGCAUGGCUGAUCAGCUGACCGACUAUGUGAAUCGAUUCGAUAGCGUUGAUGGUGUGCCCCCGCUGCACCAGGACGUGAUCAAGGCCAAGCGCAAUCAGCUGAUCAAACUGAUUGCAGCCAUAGGCGAACGCAUAUAAGCGAAACAGAGUGAUGGACAAAAAUAUUUUUACACAGACUACACACGGCAAAGAACAGAGAGAGAGAGAGCGGGAGCGAGAGCGAGACAGAGAG